GGCCAGUCCAAAUGUUCCUUUAGGUCUUCCUAGGUUCGAGAUUAUUUUCAAUUCUCUUUACGUCGUUUAGAGAGAGCUUGAGGAACGCUUCUAGGGUUCUGAAUCGGCGCUCCUUUAACCUGUGUCGAGCAUAGGAUCUUCAAGAAGUUUGCUUGAGAGACGAUCGAGCUUCCCUGAGUGUUACCCGCCUUGAAUCUGUGUAUUUGGUGGGCAGCAUGUUCGAGGGUGCUGCGAAUGCUUGUAUUGUAUCGUGACCGUUCUCGGGUGAAGGGUGAACGGUUCAGUUGGGUAUCUGAGAUCUGUGCGAGGUUAAUGGAGUCCCUGCAAUGGUGGUGAGAGUGGUGGACCGGUGACUGACCUACGCUUAUGUGGAUACAAUUGAUGGUUCGGUUUAAUUAAGUUCAACGGUUGUUCAAGAUGAAGGAAAUUUGAGCUUAGGAUGAAGGAUUCCGACCACAAAUCGCGAAAAACGAGUCCGUCGAUAUGAAGGCUUACUGUUCAUGUCGUUUUUGAAUUUCUUUACAAUCUUGUAUCUGGAUUUUUGAGUGUUGUUUGGGGUUUUAUUUGUCCUGUGGAGAAGCGCCUUAAAUCUGUGGAGGCUGUGGGUAGUUGAAGCUCAGGCGAGGUCAAGCCUCUGUGACCUCUGUCUGCGACGUCCGUAGUGCGCAAGUAUGGUGAGGAAGAAACAGUUUGUCAAUGGCGCAUCCUCAACUUCGCGAAUUACCAGGUCCUCGUUUGCGGUGCUGGAUGGAGCAGGGGAGGAGUUCCCUGAACUUACCUCGGAAGUGAAAAACCCUGGGAAACCUGCUCGUGAACAACCUCCUGUGGCCCCUCCUGCUGCUGUAACUGAGGAUGAGCCUCUGAUUUUGGGCUCCAAGAGUGCUGUGCAGAAAGCUAAGGGGGUAGUUUUUGCUGGAACUGCUCCCCAAAUAUCAGGAGAUGUGGUCAAUGCUGCUGGGAAAGAAAACCAUGCACAAACUGAAGGUUUAAAGAAUGUUACUGUGAGAACCCAGGCUAUUACUGCUGCAGCUAGCUCAGGGACUGCUACUCCUUGGUCCUCCCUUUUUAAGGACAAUCGGGCACCCUCGAAUGGCUUUAAAUUGAGGUACAUCCCGCCUAGUGGCACAACCAUAGACUUUUCCGAUAGGAUUAUGCCUAGUAUGGUUGAAAUGUGGGGUUUUUGUUUAGUCGGUUGUUUCACCGGAAAAUUUCCCGGUCUAAAAGCGAUUUAUGAUUUGAAGAACACAUGGGGUGUUAAGUGCAUUAUUAAGCCCCAUGAUAAGGGUUGGGUUAUAUUUAAAUUUCAAAGUGAGGAUGAUAGGACAAAAGUGUUGAAAGAGGGUCCUUACACCAUUUUUGGGAAACUACUUAUGUUAAAAGCACUAUCGGAUGAUUUUUCCUUUGAUGAUGAAGAGUUUCUCAAAGUACCUAUUUGGGUUAAAUUCCCUAACUUACACUUGAAACUUUGGAAUGAGGAUGCUUUGAGUGAGAUUGCAUCCAUGGUUGGUGUCCCAUUGGCUACGGACAAAGUCACACAUGAUAGGUCUAAUCACCACUUUGCUAGAGUGCUUAUUGAAGUGGAUAUUUCGAAGCCACCGCCACUUUCAUUUCCUAUUCGACUACCAUCCCGGAAGGUAGUUAAACAAUUUGUGGUGUAUGAAACAUUCCCAAAUUUUUGCUUCCAUUGUAAGAUAUAUGGGCACCACCCGUUUAUUUGCAAUAAGCUAGCAAAAAAGGACGAUGAUACGGUGAAAUCAAGUGAGAAAGGUGAAGAUGAACAAAUAAAAAUUGGGGGAGAGGAAAACAUACCUGCGGAGAUUGUGGAAACUGUUGAACCCGCUGCCCAAUUCAGUCUGGCAGAAUCUGCCCAGGAGCUCCACCCGACCGGGCUAGGCCUUAACCCGACCGGAUUUCAUGAAAAUACAACUGUCCAGGGGCAAAACCCGACCGGGCCAGCCACAAACCUGACCGAGUUUUCACUGCAGUCUGAUUCCCAGGUUGCCCAAUGGUCUCCAGAAGUUGUGAAAAGCUCAAAUGAACUAUCCGUGGCCGCUUUGGAAGAUAUUGAGAGGGUAGUUACGGAUGAGAAUGAUUUGCACCAACAUGAUGUCGUCAUCAAAUGUGAGAUGGUUAACGGUAAGACACUCAAGUUGGUUGUCAAACCGUUUAGAUUUGUGCGGGCUAGUGUGAUUCGAGUGGAUACUUCCCUUCGACUCACGGACGAUUUGGAUAAAAAGGGCUUAACUUUCACCGCAAGAUGUCUAGAGGGAUUACCGGGAGUUACAAAGAAGAAAGGGGAGGUUUGUUUUGAUGCUAAAUUCACUAUUCCUUUCCGGGCUUUCUUAGGAUGUUUAGAUUAGGAACUUGUUGAAGCUAGUUUUUGUUUGAUUUUAUUGGCCCAAAUCUUGAAUUUGAGAGACUAUGAGCUUUUGAUUUUGUGAUAUCCCGUGCAUUGGGAUAUGCACUUUGAUUGUAUAACAUUAAUUUGUGAGGUGGGGUCUGUCCCAUUAUUUUGAUGCAUUAUAUCUAGGUUAGUUUUUUCUAGCUAAGAUAGUCAUUUUGAUUUGGAUUUGAUGCAUUGUAAAAUGCUAUUUUUCGAUUUCUAAUAUACUUACAUGUUAUCGUCAAAUUGCAAUUUGAAUUUUAAAUAUGAAAGUACACUCCAUUUAUUGCUGUGCAGGGAGCUGUGAGCAUUGCAUUUAUUGCAAUUUCAUAAGAUCAAUUUUGCGGCCCACAUCCCAGCCUCCCCACAUUUAUUGUUGGCUUAUGGAGCAGCGAGCUUUACACUAUAUUGCUCAUUAUUUAGCCAGGAAAAUGUCAUAUCAUCCAGCAAUUGUUGACCAAAGAAGUCAGAUCACCUAGCAAAGACCCGACCCGACCUGUUGAAGACCCGACCCGACCCACUGAUCUGAUGUUUUUGGGCGGGAAUACUGUGCAGGUUUUAGCACUACAAAAAAAACACGGGAUUGGCACGGAUUUUGGCAAGGAUUUGGCACGGAUUUUGGCAGGGAUAUGCCAAAUCCGUGCCAAAAACACUUUGGCACGAGCUAUUUGGCACGAAAAAUCGGUAAGUCCGUGCCAAAUUCCGUGCCAAUCCCGUUAUUUUUUUUGUAGUGUAGCUUCCUUUUGUAUAAUAGAAGAUUUGGUUAAUGAUAACUCCAAAAUGACAAUAAAUACUUUCAUGUUACUCCUAUUUCGAAAAAAAUAUGAUAAUUUUAUUUUGGAAUUCCAACA